UCACGGUUUGGGCAGGGCAGUAAAGUGGGGGGUCCAAUGACCCCUUGGCCCUCCCUGUUCUGGCUCUGGUGUCCCUUAUAAGGCGCCUCAACAGCCAGCCAUCACUCUUCACCUACGACUGAUCGUCUGUGUUGCCAGGGCAACGUAACUGCAGGAGCAGCCAUGUCUCAUGGAUGGGGAUACGGACCGAGCAACGGACCAGACAAGUGGGCAGACGAAUAUCCGGUUGCUAAUGGACCCAGACAGUCUCCCAUCAACAUUGUUACUAGGGAGGCCCAGUUUGAUCCAUCUCUGAAGCGUCUGAAACUCCAGUAUGACCCUUCCAAUGCCAAGGGCAUUCUCAACAAUGGACACUCCUUCCAGGUGGACUUUGUGGAUGACACAGACAGCUCCACCCUGACUGGAGGUCCCAUCUCUGGAACAUACCGACUGAAGCAGUUUCAUUUCCAUUGGGGCGCCACUGAUGAUAGAGGCUCUGAGCACACUGUGAAUGGCAUCAAGUUCCCGUGUGAGCUCCACCUGGUGCACUGGAACACCAAAUAUCCCAGCUUUGGGGAGGCUGCUGACAAGCCCGAUGGCCUGGCUGUGAUCGGCAUCUUUCUCAAAAUUGGUUCAGCCAACCCCCGGCUUCAGAAAGUUCUGGAUGCUUUGGAUGCUAUUAAGACAAAGGGAAAGCAGACAACCUUCUCCAACUUUGAUGCAAGGACACUUCUUCCUGGUUCUCUGGAUUACUGGACUUAUGAUGGCUCUUUGACCACCCCACCCCUGUUGGAGAGUGUCACCUGGAUUGUUCUUAGGGAGCCAAUAAGUGUCAGCCCUGCACAGAUGGCCAAGUUCAGAAGCCUUCUGUUCACUGGAGAAGGAGAACCUGCCUGCUGCAUGGUGGACAACUAUCGUCCUCCGCAGCUACUCAAGGGCCGUCAAGUCCGUGCCUCUUUUAAAUAAAUAAGUAUUCUUAUGAAAUAACUUUCCGUUUUUUGUUCCUAUUGAACUAUCAUUACAAAAUGUUAGCUUUUUUAAUUAGUGCUUGUGGUGCUGUUCCCAGUUGCCUGAAAUUUACACCUUAAUUGUCUCAUUUUAGCUCUGGAAAUUUUUGCAUUUUCUUUCUCAGUGCAGUCUGUUACUUAUGAAAGAAGACCAUUUUUGUCUUUUUAUUAGGUCCAAUUUAGAUCAGUCUUAUGUAUAAUCUCUGAAACGUAACAAUACCAAACUAAAAUAGAAAGUGAUUAUUUAAGAUUAUAUAAUCUUUGUAACCAUAGCCAUCUUUAAACUACAACUUACUACAUAACUCUUAAAAGUUAUGUUAUACCUUAAAUAACAUAUAUAUUUUUGCUUCAUUUGACUGAACUUCAUAUCCUGCCUGUCUGUAAUGUAAGUGGAGUUAUCUCAGAUUUUCUAGGCAAUAAAAGCCUUUUUUGAAUCCA